AUGAGCCUACCGCAGGCACUUGACGCCUCGGCUCUGCCUUCUAUUAUAUUCACGACCGCGGCCCAGCUCGUGGACUGUGUAGACAAGCGUCUUCUCGUCAUCCUCCGCGACGGCAGAAAACUCAUUGGAAUUUUGCGCUCUUUUGACCAAUAUGCAAACCUGGUCCUGCAAGACACCGUCGAACGAAUCGUGGUCGACUCUCUAUACAACGAUCAGCCCCGUGGUGUCUACAUCAUCCGCGGCGAGAAUGUCGUUCUCGUUGGCCAGAUCGAUCCCGAGAAAGAGUCAAGUCCAUCAAUGACGGAAGUCUCGCUUGACGAAAUAUAUGCAGCACAACAGAAAGAAUCAGACGAACGGAAACGAAAAGAGGAAGUGAAGACCGGCAAACUUAUUGACUUGGGUUUUUCAAUAGAGCCACAAGUUGAAGACUUGUAUUGA